AUGCCGCUCUUUAGCCGCCGCUUUCCACCGCGAGUUGCAAAUCGGAACGGUCAGCGGCGCGGACCCAGGCGCAGAUCUCCGCGGCUUCUGCAGCUCCUGCCCUUCAUUCUGCUUUCUUUUGCUUUUCCAGCCUUCAGUUCACCCGAAGACCGCAUUGAUGUUCCUUUGCUCGAAGACGUCAGCCAGCUCGCAAAAAAAUCAGCAACAGCAACACCCCCGCCGCCGCCACCACCUCCCCGGCUGCCAGCAGCAGCAGCUGCUGCAGCAGCAGCAGCAAAAAAGUCAGCAACAGCAGCAGCCCCGCCGCCGCCACCACCUCCCCCGCUCCCAGCAGCAGCUGCUGCUGCUGCUGCAGCAAGAAAAGCAGCAGCAGCAGCAGCACCGCCACCACCACCUCCCCCGCUCCCAGCAGCAGCUGCUGCUGCUGCUGCAGCAAGAAAAGCAACAGCAGCAGCAGCACCGCCACCACCACCGCCCCUGCCCCCCACAGCAGCAGCAAAAGAAAAAGCAAAAGCAGCAGAUUCCCCCCCGGGGCUUUCGCUGCCAGCAGCAGCAGCAGCAGCAGCAGCAAGAAAAGCAGCAGCAGCACAACAAGCAGCAGCAGCAGCAGACGAAACACCGUCCUCUCCAGCUUCCUCAGGCAACUCCACAAAUGAUGCUGCAGCUGCUGCUGAUUCGGAUUCUGACUCUGCUGCUGCUGCUGCUGCUGCUGCUGCUCCUGCAGCAGCAGCAGCAGCAGAUAGAGCUGCAGCGACCAGCGCCGCGGCUGGCGCUGCAGUUAGCACAAAACUUAUUGUUUAA